CACUCAGCCCAUUCAAAUUAAUUUUGUUAGCCCAAUAGAAUGCUUUAUAAUCUCAAACCAAGUGGUUUUACCUAUGGAUCUCCCCGCUCUGUUUCGUGCUGCUGCUCCUCCCAGCAUUCCCCCUCUUCACUCCGCUCCAUCCCCAAGGAGUAAUUACGUUAUUGAGAAAGACAAUAAUAUUGCCAUUGAAGGUAGGAAUCUAAACUUCUCAAUCAAAACAAGGAAAGGGGAUUUAGUUCCCAUUCUUAAGGACUGUUCUCUUAGUAUUCCAUCUGGGCAGCUUUGGAUGCUUCUUGGACCUAAUGGGUGUGGAAAAUCUACCCUUUUGAAGAUUCUGGCUGGUCUUUUGAACCCAACUAGUGGAACCUUGUAUCUGAAAAGGCCUAAGAGCUUUGUUUUUCAGAAUCCAGACCAUCAGGUUGUGAUGCCUACAGUCGAAGCUGAUGUAUCAUUUGGCCUUGGGAAGUUGAACCUGACUGAGGAUGAAGUUAAGUGCACGGUGUCAAAAGCUUUGGAUGCUGUGGGAAUGUCUGCCUACAUGCAAAGGCCAGUUCAAACUCUCAGCGGCGGUCAGAAACAAAGGGUUGCGAUUGCUGGUGCUCUAGCUGAAGCAUGUAAAGUGCUCUUAUUGGAUGAGCUAACAACAUUCUUAGAUGAAACUGAUCAGGCGAGGACCUUAUUAGUACUAGUAGUAAUGGAGGAUUUGACUGAACAUUUCCAGUGAUGAGGACUGAUGCUUUCUACUACUACUACUACUACUCAAAUGGAGAGUGUCCUAGGAAUAUUUGGGGAGUACAAUAACAUAGCAUGUGAGGUUUUAGAGUGAAGCUCUCAAGGAAUGCAGAAGGAUCCUUAAUGAGGUAAUGAAUGGCAGUGGUAAGAUACUUCGCCAUUCAGAUCUUGCUAAGCCUCUAGCAUGCCAAUGGUAAGAUAGGUGUCAUGCAUCUAAAAUUAUCAUCGCUACAUUCUCAAGCUCUUUCAAGAGAAGUUAAUGAAUGUCACCUUGGGCCAACCUUAUUAGACUGCUUUGAGGUCACCAAGUCAUAUGAAUAUUUCCUAAUCUUUAGGCUAACAGGAUGCUGAGGGAGACUUAGUUUGGUGGGCUUAGAGAGGGACCUAUUAAAGUUGCCCGAGUUGACAUGAACCUUUCUUGAAUGAGCUUUGAUAACGUAAGGACACAUGGUGCCUAUCCUACCAUUGACACACCUGGCUUGACCUCUACAGUCGGGUAUCAUCCCUGCCACUAUAAAUAAUCCGUCUAGUUUGUUCUAACUCUUCCUUUACAUGAGAGCUCUCUCCAAUCUCACACUUUCUCUCUCUACAUUACCUUUUUUGGCUAAUUAUUCCUCUGGGCUGUUGUGCUCCACAAAUUUUACUAGGAAACACCCCCUUAGGUUAGUAGCCAACAUCAUUCCUAAUCAUUGGGUAUAUUUAGUCGCUUCACCUAUUUCUAGUACCAAGUUCUCACCCGCUACAACAUUCUCAUCUGUUAAGACUUCCUGCUUCUCUUCUCACACCUCUCCCAACUGCACCAAUUUCCUAAUGCAGCAUUACAAGAUACUUCACCAGGUCUACUUUGAAAGAACCUGCGUCUACAAACCGCUAUAUAUCUAUGUGCGAUGUUUAAGCUUAGUUGCUGAAAGCUUGAUGUGAUGGGCACUCUAUUAGCUUGACAUCAAAUAUUUUGCUUUCGCUUCUUCAAGUACAUGUCUUGUCUGGAGAGAUGCAUAUCAAAGAAAGCAGCUAAAUCACCUUAAUGCUUGAACUCCAUUUAUGUUUGGCAGCAAGCUCUGAUUUUUUUAUUUUUUUUGUGAAAAUUAUUAUACAUUUUAAACAAGAAAUAGUGCUUAUUGAAAUAUUGAUUGCUAG